AUGGCAUUUUGCAGUAUCGCAUCUGUUGCUUCUGGAUUUGUGGUGAAAUCAAACAUCUGCAGCACCUUUAAAACAUUCACAAUCAAGUCCGCAAUGGUAACGUUUCCUUCCAAGAACACAAGAAGCUCGCGAUUGGUUGUGAAGGCUGCUGAAGAAGUUGCGGCGCCAGUGGCCGUUAGUGCUACAGAUACCGAUGAAGACAAGUCUAAACCACCUUCGAUUGGACCCAAAAGAGGAACACAGGUUAGAAUUCUAAGGAAGGAAUCCUACUGGUGUAACAAUGUUAGAUCAGUUGUGACUGUUGAUCAGGAUCCUAACGCCCAAUAUCCAGUGGUUGUGCGGUUUAACAAACUCAACUACGCAAAUGUAUCAACAAACAACUACGGGUUAGAUGAGAUCGAAGAAGUUUAA